CAAUCGUUCGCAGGCGACUGAGCAUGCGUGGUUGAAGUACAGGUCACCCGCAAAUUUUCCACAAGUACCUGUGAUUUAUAUUGUGGAAAGCGCUAAAGUUUAUCCUUUUUAUUGACUCCUCUCUCUCCUUUACUCCCCAAACUAUAACCAGAUCGACAAGAUGGCCCUCAGAUUGGCGUGGAGUCUACUUUUGUUGUUUCUUGUCGCCGCCCAGUCUAUCCCAUUAAAAGACAUUGAAAACGAUGAGGGUCACGAUGAUUCCGGUAGCAAGGACGCCGCAGGAGAGAUGAAGGAAUCAUACGCUGAGAAUGAGGAUAACGAAGAGCAGGACAAGGAGAGCGAUCAUGCUGCUUAUAACGAGGAGGCAGAAGACGAGGACGAGGACGAGCCCGACGCAAAUGGAGCUAAAAAGAACAAAAUCGGCAAGACUUCAGUAAGGUUCGAUGAUGACACCAAAGCAGCAGGCGGAGAAGAUAAGAAAGAGGCUGGAGGGGAGUCGGGAAGCGGCUCAGGAGCCGGAUCCGGUGCAUCAGGAGAAACCCCAGUAAAACCACCAGCUGCAGGAAUGUGCCCCCCUCCAUGCCGUGGACCUGCCAAUCAACGCUGGGUACCACGCCCACGAUAUGAGCCUGGCCCCGCCAUCCCACCACCGCCCUUCCAGCGUCCUCCUGUGGUGCCACAGAUGCCCCAAUCCCCGCAAUGUGCACCAAGCUGCCCCAACUCGUGCGCCCCUUCUUGUGCACCGUCUUGCUGUGGGGCCUCGUCCAUGCCUAUGGCCGCCCCCAUGCCCAUGCCAAUGCCGAUGCCCAUGCCAAUGCCGAUGCCCAUGCCAAUGCCGAUGAUGCAGUCUCAAUGCCAGCCAUCAUGUGCCCCCACCUGCUGUCAACAGGCACUACCUCCCCCUCCCCCUCCCCCUCCACCACCAAUGUGCCCGCAGUCCUGCCAGCCAAGCAGCUGUCAACAGAGCUGUCCAGCUAUCUGCUGCAAGAAGUGAGAGCGCUGGUGUUACAGACCAGGGGUGGGGAUGAGUGCCAUAUCAUUGUACAUGUGUACUUAAAGGACUGUUUAUGUGUUGUAAAAAUAUCGCUGUUACAUAGCGCACUAAGUGUAUAGUAGUGAAAUUGUAGUAAAGUUGUGUGAAAAUUAUUGGUGUCUCUAAAAUCGUGUAGCCAGUUACAAAUAAAGUGUUCCCCUUUUUCC